UCCUCUCACUCCCUAUCCAUCCUCCUGACUUCCUCUCACUCCCUAUGGUUUUUUUUCCUAUGUUCACUUCCUGUCAACCGGUUCCUUGCUCCGCCUUUUGACCUAUGGUUGACUUAAUCUUUACAGUAAGCAGAAAGCUUUUGUAUUAAAGGUGUGUACUAGGGCGGAGGAGCCAUACCACAGCUAGAGACAGGUUUUCCCAGCAUACAGUCUCAGGGUUCGAAGGAUGAUCAGAUGUCUGCAAGCAUCCUCUGGCUCUGCAAAAUGAAGGUUGUGGAUACAUCUGGAAGAAGUCAGAGUAGACCACACUUCUCCCUGCUCUGCAUCGCAAUCGCUGAUGAAAGGGAUGGUAAGAUGGCUCAUCAGAUAAAAGUACCUGCUGCCAGGCCUUAAAACCUGUGUUCAAACCCCCAGACAGAAGAUAGCCCCCAAAAGUUAUCUUCUGACCACACAGGCACACACACACACACACACACACACACACACACACACACACACAUGAAAUAAACAAAAAGAAUAGCUAAUUAAGCUUUGCCCAGAUGAGUCUGCGUGAAACCCACCCUUAGAAGCAAUGGGUAGGGUCUUGGAGGAGGGGGUGAGGCCUGAGUCCUCAAAUGCCUCAGGGCAGACAGGUACAGCCUUACAUUUUCUAAGCACAGCCUUGCUGCUGAGCCAGCACCAUCUUUUAUCUCUGGGGAGGACUUCGAAGGGAAUGUCACAGUGCCUCCAAGAGAAUCGCAUAGAACAAAUAGUACCAUUUAAGGAUUUAAAAUUAUAUGAAUGUUCUUCACCUUUAUUUAUAAUUGUAUGAGGAACAGAGCUCUUAAGAACACAAGGAGUGGACUGGGUCAGCUCCACAGCUCUUUGCUCUCUGACCUCAGGGCGAACGGCUGCUUUGCAGAAACAGGCUCCAUCACUGCAUCUGAAGCCGCCAUGUUUCCGAGGAGCCUCGUGGUCUCUCUCCAGUGCAGUAUUGACUUUGCAACUCGUAAGAUUGCCAAGUUGCUGAAGCCACAGAAAGUGAUUGAGCAAAAUGGGGACUCCUUCACCAUCCAGACGUGCAGCAGCCUCAGGAACUACCUUGUAAAAUUCAAAGUUGGAGAAGAGUUUGAGGAGGAUAACAAAGGCCUGGAUAACAGAAAAUGCACGAGCCUGGUUACCUGGGAGAAUGACAAACUCACUUGCGUACAGAGAGGAGAGAAGAAAAACAGAGGCUGGAGCCACUGGAUCGAAGGGGACCAGCUCCACCUGGAAAUGUUCUGCGAAGGCCAGGUGUGCAAGCAAACCUUCCAGAGAGCCUGAUACAUCUCCAGCAACAGAGCCCGCUUGAGGCAACUACUCAAUGCCAAGUUAUCUCGUAGAAGGAACGGGUGUUUGUCUGUUUUGGGUUGAUGAAGGGUCUUGUCAUUGGAAAGAUGUCACACAGCCUGUAUGAGAAACUGUUUGAUUUCAGGACAGUUUCAGCUCCAAUAAACCUGCUCAAGUGGU